UGUCAACCGAGUCAAUAACGUCGUCGUCUAAAAGCUUACACUAGAGAUUAAAUAAUCUACUUGUUACUUGAAUUUUAAAAUCACUUUACCGAUUUAUUAAACCUUUUCUCGUUGAAUGUAGUUAAGUACAGCAGUCAUUGUCAUUUCAUUCCGUACAGUUACAAACAUGGAAGAAAGUCACAGACAAUCUUCAUAUCUGGACGAGCCUCCGAACAGUCGUCUGUUUCUCGUCACUAGUAAAACGGUCACUGAAGAUGUCAUCCGAGAGCAUUUCACACGCUUCGGGGAGAUCCAGGACAUCUGGGUGGUGAAAGACAAACAGACGAAGGAGUCGAAAGGAGUUUCGUUUGUGAAAUACGCAAAGUCUUCUCAAGCUUGCACCGCUAUGGAGGAGAUGCACGGAAAAAGCCUGACCGAAGGAACUAAACCCAUAAAGGUGUUCAUCGCUCAGUCCAGAUCUUCUGGAAAUCACCGGGAUGUGGAGGACGAGGAGCUCACCAGAAUAUUUGUCAUGAUCCCAAAAACCUUCACAGAGGAGGACUUGAAAGAAACCUUUAGGGAGUAUGGCGAUAUAGAGUAUGCCAUUGUUAUAAGAAAUAAGACCACGGGGGAAAGUAAAGGUCUGGGAUAUGUCAGAUACCACAGGCCUUCAUAUGCCGCUCGAGCCAUAGAGAACUGUGAUAAGACCUUUAGGGCCAUUUUAGCUGAGCCGAGAACCAAAAACACGCCGGCAGACAACGAGUAUGCCACAAGCUCCCGACCGGAGCACUCAGGAAGUGAUCCAGGCCCCAGCACAUCCACAUUUGCUCACGACUCUGCUAGCUAUGGCGCAGGAGAUGCGUGGAGCUCUGACAUAAUCACCCGCUGCCUGAGGGUCACGUCACGAGCAGCGGUCACACAGGAACAGAUCUAUGGGCUGUUCGAUCUCAUCCCAGGCAUGGAUUUGUGUGAGAUGCAGAGAGAUCAAUACGGCUUCAACAAAGGGCUGGCUAUAGUACGCUAUAAUAAUCUGGGCUCUGCGGUUUAUGCCAAAGAGAAGCUGAGUGGUUUCGAGUAUCCUCCCGGAAACCAUCUCUCAGUAACUUAUAUAGAUGAUGGAGAGGACAAGACCAGUCUUGUAGGGAGGAUGGCCAUGCAGCUUGUAGCCGCUCAGAUGAUGUCUGUGGUGUGGAACGGACCCUCCAGUACACAGCUCAUGAAGACCAGCAUGGGCUUUGCAUCGGCUUCUGCACUCCCAAAGAGCCACGUGCAGACGGAUGUAGCUCUGCCUCCCCUGAGGAAACUGGCCCCGUAUGAAAGUGUGGCAAAAGAGAGACUCUUUGUCAUAUUCAACCCCUCACCCCUGCCUGUGGAUGUGCUGGAGGAUGUGUUCUGUCGUUUUGGUUCCCUAAUGGAUGUUUACCUGGUUCCCGGCCGGAAUGUGGGCUAUAUAAAGUACGCUGACAGGAGGCACGCCAUGGAAGCCAUAGCAGCGCUGCACGGUAAAGUGGUGAACGGGGUCAAGAUGAAGGUCUUGCUGGCAGACCCGCCAAAAGAGGAGUCACACAAACGACAGAGAACCUACUGACCUUUGACCUUACCACAAUCACAGAGUUUAAGUGACAUGACGCUUGACCCCGACAUGACAGGACGGAUAUGACACGACCUCAUAGCGACGGACACUGACUGCCGUACUGCUUUUUACGUUUGCUUUAAUUGCAGAGAAAGUGUCUUUUUGUUUUUUGCACUUUUUAGCUUUUCCUCUUUUAUCCUCUCGUGUUUACUGUUAGCUAAUAGAGACACUUCACUAAAGGUGAAAGAAAGAACCACACACAAGUGUCAGCUCAUGCCAAUCAUUGCGUUUGAUGUGUACAUACCACCAAAAUAAAGGAGACUGAAUUUAU